AUGGCUCAACUCCUGAACAGCAUACUCACUGUGAUCAAGGUGUUCCAGAAAUAUGCUAAAGAGAAUGGGAAAUGUACCUUGCUCUGCAAGAAGGAGUUGAAGCAGCUGCUCUUGGCUGAGCUUGGAGAUAUCCUCCGGAGACCAAAUGACCCAGACACGGUGGACACCAUCCCAAGCCUCUUGGAUAAAGACAGAAAUGGACAUGUUGAUUUUCAUGAAUAUCUCUUGUUGGUGUUCCAAUUGGCCCAAGCCUGCUAUCAUAAACUGGAUAAUAAGUCAUGUGGAGAUAGAAUCUCUCAGCAAGAAGGGGAGCAGGAGGGAACACGAGACCAUAAGUUUCCAGAAAAUACAGGCAGGCCAAGGCAGAGGCAUGAGGGAGAAAGGCAGGACUCCCACUGUACUCAGUCUGAGAGACAAAACCAGGAUGUCCACCAGAAUCAGUCAGAGAGACAGGAUAGGGACUCCCACUGUGGUCAGUCAGAGAGACAGGAUAGGGACUCCCACUGUGGUCAGUCAGAGAGACAGGAUAGGGACUCCAGCUGCAGUCGGGACUUCUGUUACGGUCAGUCAGAGAGACAGGAUAGGGACUCCCCCUAUGAUCAGUCUGAGAGACAGGAUAGGGACUCCAGCUAUGGUCAAAGAUGGAGACAUAAAUCUAGCAGUAGCCUGCCUAAAAGACAAGGAUAUAUCUUUGCCUUAAGUCAGUGUGAGAAACAAGUUCACGAUUCUCAUUAUGGCCAGACAAACCAACAGGAAUCAGGUUCUUAUCAUGAACAGUCUCAGAGGCUGGAUCAGGAAUCAGGCUAUGGUCAGAGAGAUAGACAAGAAUUGGACUUUCAAUACGGCCAGACAGACAGCCAGAGUUCUCACUAUGGUCAGACAGACAGACAAGGCCAAAGUUCUCAGUGUGGCCAGACAGACAGACAAGGCCAGAGUUCUCGGUGUGGCCAGACAGACAGACAAGACCAGAGUUCCCACUAUGGCCAGACAGACAGACAAGGCCAGAGUUCUCACUAUGGUCAGACAGAGAGACAAGGCCUAGGUUCUAAGUUUAGCCAAACAGACAGACAAGGCCAGAGUUUUCAUUAUGGCCAGACAGACAGACAAGGCCAGAGUUCUCAUCAUGGUCAGAGAGACAGAAAAGGCCUAGGUUCUCAGUGUAGCCAGACAGACAGACAAGGCCAGAGUUCCCACUAUGGUCAGACAGACAGACAAGGCCAGAGUUCUCACUAUGGCCAGGCGGACAGACAAGGCCAGAGUUCCCACUAUGGCCAGACAGACAGACUAGGCCAGAGUUCUCACUAUGGUCAGACAGACAGACAAGGCCAGGGUUAUCAUUAUAGUCAGACAGACAGACAGGGCCUGAGCUCUCACUAUGGUCAGUCAGAGAUUGGGGUAACAGGGCAAAAUAGUUACCUCCAAGGAAGUGAGGGAACAAGCAGAGACUCAUAUGUUGAGCAAUCAGGAAGGUCAGGGAGACUAAGUCAAAAGACUCAAGGACAGGAAAUGACUCGAAAUCAGGGGCAGAGAUUCCAGUCUAGGGAAGGCCAGCAGAACAGCCACCAGGCAUGGGAGCCUGAGGAGGCUAGCCAACACCACCAACACAAACUCAUUGCACAUAUCCAGCAAGAAAGGUCAUGUGGUUACAAAAGGGGUGACUGGCAAUCAUGUGGUGGUGAGCAGGACCACAGACAGGCCCAGGCUAGGCAAAGUCAUGGAGAGAGGCAGAGCCACCAGGCAGAGGAAGAGCAGGGCCACCAAAGCUGGGGCAAACAUGGUUGUGAGAGUCAGGUAACUCCAUGGGAGAUGCAAGCCAGGCAAACCCAUGAAGAGGAAAAAAGCCAUCAGAGACAGGACAGGCAAACCCACGAAAGUGAGCAGACCCAUCAGAGACGGGACAGGCAAACCCAUGAAGAUGAGCAGACCCGUCAAAGAAGGGACAGGCAAACCCACGAAGAUGAGCAGACCCAUCAGAGAUGGGACAGGCAAACCCACGAAGAUGAGCAGACCCGUCAGAGAUGGGACAGGCAAACCCACGAAGAUGAGCAGACCUGUCAGAGACAGAACAGGCAAACCCACAAAGAUGAGCAGACCCAUCAGCAACGAGACAGGGAAGCCCAUGAAGAGAGUCAAAACUGUCAGCAACAAUGGGAUAGGCAAACCCUUGAGGAGAAAGAAAGGUAUCAAGGAUCCCGGGAUCAACAAUCUUAUGGGACCCAGCAAGGCUGUGCUAAUAGAGAAAAAAUCCACAUGAAUGAGAAUAGCCAGAGGCGAGGCUCACGGGGAAGACGCAGUAACCUGACCUUCCACCCCACCCAGAGUGGUGGGAGGCCCCCAAGGAGAGAACAGGGUGGAAGUCACCCUACCAAAGCAUCUCCUACUCCCAACCCCCUCCAUGACUAUGUACAAGAGCAGAAAAGGAAUCAGCAUUAG